AUGAGGGAGCUUUAUAGAAGAAGUCAUCCAUGCCUUACAAAUUUUGUUUUAACUUCCUUGGCCAUAGUUUUUGUGUCUCUAAUAGCAAAUUAUGUUUCCAAUACUCUUUCUUUACUCUCUCUUCCAUGUUCACCAUGGACAUGGACAUGGACAUGGACAUCGACUGUCGUAUCCUCCUCUUCGUCUUCUCCGACCCAUUCUUCCAAAAUGGCGUUGUACCCCACAUUCUCUAAUCCAAAGAUGCAGAGGGCAGUAGAGAAACUUAUAAAUGAAUUGAAUGUUGAAAGCAUGUUGAGAAAGGGGAAAAAAAGGGAUGAGAAAAUGGAGAAAAUUGAAAGUGAUCUUGUUAGAGCGAGAGAACUGAUUAAAGAAGCCAUUGUGAAGAGUACUAGAAAUUCUACCCUAUUUGUUGAAGAUGAAGAUUAUGUUCCGAAAGGCCAAAUCUAUAGGAAUCCAUAUGUUUUUCAAAGGAGUUACUUGCUAAUGGAAAGCAUGUUCAAGAUAUUUGUUUAUGAAGAAGGGGAACCCCCUUUGUUUCACUAUGGUCCUUGCAAAGACAUUUACUCUACAGAAGGAAUUUUUCUCAAUAUGAUCGAAUUGAGUGCCAAGUUUCGAACUCGUGAUCCUCAUCAAGCUCACCUGUUUUUUCUUCCCUUUAGUGUCGUAAUGAUUCUUGAACACCUUUUUGAUCCUAUUAUACGCGACAAGGCCGUUCUUGAACGUGUUGUAGGCGAUUAUGUUCGUAUUGUAUCUGCUAAGUAUCCCUACUGGAAUAGAAGCCUCGGAGCCGAUCAUUUCAUGCUCUCAUGCCAUGAUUGGGGGCCAAGAGCUACAUGGUAUGUCCAUCAGUUAUACUUCACUUCAAUUAGAGCAUUAUGCAAUGCCAAUACCUCAGAAUUUUUCAAUCCAAGAAAAGAUGUUUCAUUUCCAGAAAUAAAUUUUAAGACAGGAAAUAUUACAGUAGGUCAAAUUCUAGAACACCCCUCCUCCUUCAAUCGCACGAUUCUAGCUUUUUUCGCAGGCCGACUGCACGGUCGAAUCCGUCCCUCACUUUUCGAGCACUGGAAGGACAAAGAUGAGGAUAUCAGAGUGUAUGAAAAAGUCCCAGAAAAUUUAUCUUAUCAAGAACUCAUGAAAAACAGCAAGUACUGCCUAUGUCCAAGUGGUUUUGAAGUUGCCAGUCCAAGAAUUGUUGAGGCAAUUUAUGCAGAAUGUGUGCCAGUUUUGAUUUCUCAAGAUUACAUACUGCCAUUUAGUGAUGUUCUUGAUUGGACCAAUUUUUCCAUUGAAGUUUCAGUUGGUGAAUUGCCAAACUUGAAAAGGAUUCUGAUGGGAAUAAAUGAGGAGAAAUAUAGAAGAAUUCAUGAGAAUGUGAAACAAGUGAAAAGGCAUUUUGUGGUAAAUGAUCCUCCAAAGAGAUAUGAUGUGUUUAGUAUGUUGAUUCACUCUCUUUGGCUUAGAAGGUUGAAUGUUAGAAUCUAUGGAUAA